UUAGUGUUAUUGUUCAAAUGCCUUUCUAAACUGAUAUCUUCUCUUUUUUUAAAAUGUAGGUCUUGUAAACAUGAUAUUAGAGGAAAUCCCAGAGCCAUGAUGAAGUUAAUGAACAGCGCUGAUAUUGCAAAGCACUCAUUAUCAACCCUGGGAAGUGCAAACUGUUUUGUAGAUUCAUUAUAUGAUGGAUUAGAUUUUGAUUGUAAUGUGUCCAGGGCCAGAUUUGAACUUAUCUGUUCUUCACUAUUUAGUAAAUGCGUAGAAGCAAUUAAAAAGCUCUUGCAGCAAGUUGGAUUAACAGCAGAUGAUAUUAAUAAGGUAGUUCUGUGCGGUGGGUCUGCUCGAAUCCCAAAGCUACAGCAGCUGAUCAAAGACAUUUUCCCAACUGUGGAAUUACUGAAUUCAAUUCCUCCAGACGAAGUUAUUCCCAUUGGUGCAGCCAUAGAGGCGGGAAUUCUGCUAGGAAAAGAGAAUCCUUUGUUAGAAGAAGAAGCGCUCUUUAUUGAGUGUUCUGCCAAAGAUAUUCUUCUUAAGGGAGUAGACGAGUCAGGGGCUGACAAAUUCACAGUGCUGUUUCCAUCAGGGACACCAUUACCAGCUCGAAGGCAGCACACCCUGCACGCUCCUGGAAACACUUCCUCUGUAUGCCUUGAACUAUAUGAGUCACUGGGGAAAAGUCCCAUGAAUGAAGAAGGUAAAUUUGCACAGAUUGUACUCCAGGAUUUAGAUAAAAAGGAGGAUGGGCUACAUGAUAUACUAACUGUUCUCACUAUGAAAAGGGAUGGGUCCCUGCACGUUACCUGUACAGAUCAAGAUACCGGGAAGUGUGAAAUCAUCACUGUUGAAGUGGCAUCAUAGACUCUUUUGAAAGGCAACAUUUUUUCUAAGUUGGUUCUUGUCUCUUGUUGGCUUUUCUGCUGAAGUGGUGACUCUGUGAGAUGUCUUUAAUGAUUCUUAGAGGACUGUAAUA